AUGGCGUCUCUCUCCUCUUUCCAGAAUCCCGCUGCAUACCACCUCCUAAGCUACGGCACCCUCCUCAGCUCAACCCUCUUCCAAUCCUUUAUUGGGGGGAUAAUCGCUUUCCACAUCCUUCCCCGCCCCCAAUUCAGCACCCUCCAAAAACAUACCUUCCCCGUCUACUUCAUCCUGCAGUCAGUUUGUCCCGUCCUUAUGGCAUUGACCUAUCCCUCUGGCUCAGUAGCACUCCUUCCAAACCAACAUGCACAAAACACCGACGACAGACUUGCCUUCACACUCAUGACAACAAUCCUGAUAACCGGAUUGGCGAAUAUGUUGUAUGUGGGCCCCCAGACGACUCGAGUCAUGGGGCUGCGGAAACAUCAGGAGACGAAGGAUAGAAAGAGGAGUGUCGAUAAGGGGCCGCACAGUAAGGAGAUGCAGGCCCUGAACAAGAGGUUUGGAAUGCUGCAUGGGGUUAGCUCGCUUGUAAAUUUAGUAGGGUUUCUGGGGAUGUGUUGGUAUGGGGUUCUGCUUGGGGAUCUUGGUUUUGGGAGGUGA